AGAGAGAGAGAGAGAGAGAGAGAGAGAGAGAGAGAGAGAGAGAGAGGAGGGGGGGCUGCAGGAAGGGACGCCGCCGGACCCUCUUCAUUGACAUUUGAACUCAGCCGAAUAUUUGUAUCGAAUGAUUUGGCGUUUACGCGGUUUGAACACAAAGGAGGGGGGGUACCAUCUGUAGGCAGCGGUUAGCCGAGAGCCGACACCGCCAUCUCCUCGCAGCCGGAGCGAGCCGCCGUGUCGUCCGCACCAUGGGGAACGCUGCCACCGCCAAGAAGGGCAACGAGCUGGAGAGCGUGAAAGAGUUUCUAGCCAAAGCCAAAGAAGAUUUCUUACGGAAAUGGGAAUGUCCACCACAGAGCACAACGUGCCUAGAUGACUUUGAAAGAUUAAAGACCCUGGGCACCGGCUCAUUUGGGAGAGUCAUGCUGGUUAAACACAAAGGAACAGAGCAAUACUUUGCCAUGAAAAUACUGGACAAGCAGAAGGUGGUGAAACUCAAGCAAAUAGAACACACAUUAAACGAGAAGAGGAUAUUACAAGCUGUGAGCUUCCCCUUUCUCGUCAAACUUGAGUAUGCGUUUAAGGACAACUCCAAUUUGUACAUGGUAAUGGAGUACGUUCCAGGAGGAGAGAUGUUUUCACACUUAAGACGAAUUGGAAGGUUCAGUGAACCUCAUGCACGAUUUUAUGCCGCUCAAAUAGUGCUGACAUUUGAGUACCUCCAUUCACUAGAUCUCAUAUACAGAGAUCUGAAACCCGAGAACCUUCUCAUUGACCACCACGGCUACAUUCAGGUGACAGACUUUGGAUUUGCCAAGAGGGUAAAAGGCAGGACCUGGACGUUGUGUGGGACACCGGAGUACCUGGCGCCAGAAAUAAUCCUCAGCAAAGGCUACAACAAAGCUGUGGACUGGUGGGCCCUCGGAGUUCUCAUCUAUGAAAUGGCAGCUGGCUACCCACCGUUCUUUGCAGAUCAACCUAUUCAGAUCUACGAGAAAAUAGUUUCUGGAAAGGUCCGAUUCCCCUCCCACUUCAGCUCCGACUUAAAAGAUCUGUUGAGAAACCUCCUGCAGGUGGAUCUGACCAAACGCUAUGGCAACCUGAAGAACGGCGUCAAUGACAUAAAGGGCCACAAAUGGUUCGCCACAACAGACUGGAUCGCAAUCUAUGAGAGAAAGGUCGAAGCCCCGUUCAUACCAAAGUGCAGAGGCCCAGGGGACACGAGCAACUUUGACGACUACGAAGAGGAGGAGAUCCACGUUUCUCUAACGGAAAAAUGUGCAAAAGAGUUUGCAGAGUUUUAGGACUCUGGAACAUGGAUAUAUCAGGGAAAAUAAGGGGAUCUUUGCACUCUUCUAAAGACUUGGGAUGGAGCAGAGACCAUCGUUUUUUUCAGAUCUACUACAUAGUCCCUUCAUUCCACAGGGCUGAAUGAGGUCGCCAUGAUCCUUGGGUGCCGAUAACCUCUCACUGUCACGUACACCUGCGUAUUAAAGCAGACACACCACUUGUUUCCUUUUUUUUGUACCUACCAACUUUUUUUUUUUUAAACUUUGAAGCAGUUAGUCUUGGAUGUUGUUAUCCCCUUUUAAAAUGUGAUCUUUUUCGAUUUAUGAGGAAAAACUGAGACAACGGCCAAUAAUAGUCCACACGAUGUAGCUGACUUGUCUGUGGCGGAUUGACACAGCUGUGUGGGUUGAAGGGAAUUCCCUUUAGUCGUCAGCGCUGUAUAUUUAAUGGUCUGUUACAAGUCCACACCACAUUGGCUAUUGUAAAGUUCUGGCCAGCUUUCAGAAGUAGUGUUCGUCCUAUGUGCAUAUCUGUCAGUUUUGAAAGACAUUUGAACACGUCGGGUGUUUAAAGCAUGACCAAAUAGAAAACGUUGGGUGACACAAGAAGAGAGGUCCUUCCCUUUCUUUGCUUUUUGCCUUAGAGAGAGCCAAGUCCUCAGACUCCCACAAAAGCAUCCGCUCACCGUCUUCUUGGUAUUCUGACCCAGGCAAGCAAGCCAUCGCCGAAAAUGAAAAUCCUGUUGUUUGUUUGAUCCUUUUGGAUCUGUGAGUUACAUGUAAAAAAAUUGUCAUCUGGUAUCUUACCUGUUUCUUUUUUCCGUCACUGUUUCUAACAUAGUCAUAUCGUCCCUAGAUUUCAGGUCUGCUUAUAAAGACCUAAUGUUACGAGUCUGUGGAACAAUGUGACUUCAGUAAAUUGAAAAGAGUCAAGUGAAAUCCUUUUUCAGGGGUUUUUAUUGGGUGUAAUGUCAAGUCGAGGAGAUCAGUAUGAAUAGUGUUGCGGCUUUGUGCCUCAACAUUGUAAGUGAUACCUUUAAAGAAAAUAAAAAUAAAAAACAGUACAGAAUUUGUAAUGUAUUAAACCAAGGAUGUUUUAAAAUCGUAAGAAACGGGAAUGCUAAACUGUAAUUUGCCAUAUUUUCCCUGUUACCACCCCCCUAAACAGAUUGUGGUUUCAUUCUUGUCAAAGAAUGUAGAUUUGCAACUUAUAGGUAUGCAUAUUUGAAAGCUUGAUUUCAAGGUACAUUUUUCCUCACAAUACACUGUCUAACAUAAAAACUGCUCCUUUGUAUCACACGUAACCCUGUUAUUGUUAAGCUCAUUACAUUAUACGUAUAUGCAUUGUUUCAUAUAUGUUUUUAUUUAUACACAUUAGAGAUGCUAAUAAAUUUUAUUUUUAAAAGUGUU